AAUGAAAGUUGACAAAGAUGAUCAAAUUCUAAAUUUCUCAGACUCUGAUGCAAAUAUUGAGACUAAUUAAUCAACUUUAUGUGAAGAUCAUUUGGAUGAGAAUAUGAAAAAUUAAUAAUUGAGUGCUGCUUUGAUUUUAUCAUAAAACAAUUAGCAUGAAAGUAUUUAAUAUAAUGAAUUAGGAAUGCUAAAGAAAUAGAGUGAAAAUUCAUACCUCAUAAAUAAUAGAACCUUUUAAGAAUAAAGGUAAUUCAUUUUGAGAACUUUAUGUUUGAUUUAAUUUCAUUUAUUGGGACCAUUAAUACUUUGUGUAUUUUGCAUGUUUAAGACAUUUAUUGUAGAAUUACUAUAUGAUAAAGAGGAAUAGAAAUUUUCUUUUUUAUUUUAUAUUAGUGUAGCUUUAGAGAUAUUCAUUUUAUUUUCAGUUACUCUAUCAAGGAAAAAUGCUAGAAAAACUCCUUAUGCUUAGAGUGCAUAUGUCUUUUUUGGCAUUUUCUUAUCAUUUAUUUUGGCUGGAUUAUAUUCUUCCACGUAUUAUUCUGAGAAUUAAAAUGUAGGAUUUAUAAUUCUUGCAAUAAUAAAUAUUUUUUAAGGAUCAAAUGCUGGAGCAUUAUUUUAUUUUGCUACUUUGAAAUAAAAAAAAUCAACAUUAUGUACAACUUUAUUUAAAUAUAGAUUCAUUACCAUUUAUUUGUAUUUUUCCAUUACUUCUAAGUUUAAUUUAUAUGUUCUUUAUGUAAAAUGAAAUUCUAAAAAUUGCUUGUUGGAUGAUUGCUAUAAUUUCAAUAGUUUUAGCUAUUUUAUCAGUGAAUGCCUUGUAUUAAAUAAUAGAUGGAGCUGUAUAUGAAAUUUUAAUUAUAAUUUAGUUUAAAUUAGAGAAAGAACAACAUUGCAUAGCUACAAUAUUCAUAUAUAUAAAAAUGAUAGUUUUUUGCAAAGAAUUUUGA